AUGGCUGUUCCAUAUUCAACUAAUUAUCCUCCUACCAUUAAUGAUCAAGGACAACAACCACAACCGGACAAUUUUUAUAUUCCACCAAAUCCUUAUUAUUAUGAUGGUAAUCCAUAUACUCCAGAUUCAAUGUAUUCAACGACGGAUAGCGCUACAUCACAAUAUACAUCUGACUCUGGUUCUGAAACUGAUUCAUAUUCAAUAGAUGAUUAUUCUCCUCAUCCUCAUCGUCACCAUCAUCAUCAUCAUCAUCGUCAGCAUCAACAUCACCAAAGUGAUAAUAGUGACACACGACCGACAAUAAAGAUUCGUCGACAUGUUCCUGGUACUAAUGAUCCAUUAUUACAAAAAUUUCCGACUAAUUUAGAAUCAUCAGAUAAUACAUCUUCAUCAUCACCAGUACGUGUUACUAUCAAACGACAUAAAAUUGAACCUGAACAAAAUUUAAUUCAACCUGUUCUCUAUCCUGUUCCUGUUUAUGUUAAAUCUCCUGUUCCACAAAAUUCUAAUAAUCCACCAAUUCAAAUCAUUCAACCAGUUCUACCCGUUCAAUCCUUUCUACCGAUUGAACAAAUAAAAGAAAUUGCGAAACCGCCUUCUUCACCAAAAAAACCUCCUACAACACCCAUUAAAACUCCACCUAAUCCUCCACUAUCACCAGAUCGAUAUGAAACAGAAUUAUUUCGAUUACCAUCACGAAAUCAAAAAAGUAAUAUAUCAAUUCGUAAACCUAUUCGUACUGAUUUGAUAACACCAACACCAUCUAAGAUUAAUUCUAUUCCUAAAAAAACAAUUUUAUAUCAAACAGCACCUGGUCUAACAACAAGAGAAAUUGAAAAUAAUGAAAUUGGCCAAUCGAGACAAUCUGUUUAUUUACAAUCACCAAAAAAUCAAAUUGUUACAUACAGAAAGUCAUAA